AUGUCUCGCUCCGGCAAAAGUGUUAAAAGCCUUGUCCCCCACUUGAAUGAUAAAAACGGCGCAGUAAAAAAGGUCAAAGAUGAAUUGCAGGAUCACUUCAAGAAGCUGGAAAAGGAAGUGGACAUGCUUUCCAAUAACUUCUUCACAAACUUCUUCAAGGGCUUCACUGACAUCGAAAAACACAUCAAAACUAUUCAAGAGACUAGCAAUUGUUCGUUAACUGAACAAACCGACCCCAAAAAGUUCAAGUUGGUGUUUGAUGUCAGCCAAUUUAAGCCGGAGGAGGUGCAAAUCAUAACCGAAAACAAUUUGCUGAAAGUCCAGGCCAAACAUACUCAAAAAAGUGACAACAGCAUGCUUUAUAAGGAGUACCACAGGCAAUAUCUACUUCCUAAGAACGUGAAACUUGAUACUCUGCAGACUUCUUUUGAUAAAAAUGGCGUUUUGACCGUCGAAGCUGAUGUUCCUUCCGCUGAAGACAAAAAUAUACCGACUCUUAAAGAUAAAUCAAAGUAA